UAUACCCAAAUUAUUUGUUAUUAAUUUCUAGGAUGUUUUAGUGUAGAACUUUGACUAGUGGACUUUAAAAUGUUUCAAAAAGUUCUGUUGAUUUUAAUGAUAUUUUGCCAAAACAUCAACAACAUAGAGUCCGCAAAGCGUCCAUUUGACUUGAUCUUGCAUAGUGUUGAAGUUAAAAACGUCACGGAUUUGUUCCAAGAUUGGGACUGUUGCUUGAGAAAGUUGGCCAAAAAUCGCUAUGCCAUCAGCGUUAUGAUCACCCUGUCUCGUCAAUUGGCAAAAAAUGCCGAAAUAGAGAUUUUGAUUCAUAUUUCCCAGCCAAACACUAGCAAAAUUAUAAAAUUCCUGGAAGUGAAAUUAAAUAUUUGCGAUGCUUUGGUCAAUUUAAAGGCUGCGGUCUUGAUAAAGGAGCUCUUCAAAGAAUUAAUGGGCGUUAGUAAUUUACCCUACAAUUGUCCCAUAAAAGGGAAUGUCAUGUACAAUGUAACCGAUUUUAUUGUCGUGGAUAAAUUUUUCCCCACCUAUACACCAAGCCUGCAUUUUAACUACACAUUGAAGUUCUAUAACGAUCGAAAGCUGAUCGGCAUUUAUAUUCUAAAAGGAUCUACAGUGAUAAGAAACUAAAAAAUGUGUCAUGUAUCAAGAAUUUCGCUUUAAAAAUGCGGUAAUUUUGAAAU